AUGUAACAAUACACAUUCCUACAAUUGUUCGUAAAAUUUCAUUCUGAUUUCGCAUAAUCUGUGAUUGUAAUUCUUGUGAACGCGUGCACGCAUCAACUUAAAAAACAUCAAUUAAUUCUUUCUAUAAAUACAUUAUUGAUUAAAUGCAUGUUCAUAGUAAAAAAAAUUACACCUUAAUUUUCAUAAUCGUCUCAUUUUUUUGAAUCUACUAUAAAAUGCCGGAUAUGAAAUAUAUUCUUGUGACUGGUGGCGUUAUAAGUGGUGUUGGAAAAGGUGUAAUCGCAAGUUCUUUUGGCACAAUCUUAAAAAGCUGCGGUAUUGAUGUAACUUCUAUCAAAAUCGAUCCGUAUAUCAAUAUAGAUGCAGGAACGUUUUCUCCCUACGAGCACGGUGAAGUGUAUGUCUUAGAUGACGGUGGCGAAGUUGACCUUGAUCUUGGCAAUUAUGAGCGCUUCUUGGACAUAACUCUGCAUAGAGAUAAUAAUAUAACAACGGGAAAGAUUUAUCAACAGGUUAUAGAACGGGAGAGAAGAGGAGAUUAUUUAGGAAAAACUGUUCAAGUUAUCCCACACAUUACUGAUGCUAUACAAGAAUGGGUACAGAGAGUCGCACAUAUUCCGGUGACAUCAAAUAAUGCACCUCCUAGAGUGUGUAUAAUAGAGCUUGGUGGCACAAUAGGCGACAUAGAAGGAAUGUCAUUUGUAGAGGCAUUUAGACAAUUUCAAUUCCGUGUGAAGAGGGAAAACUUUUGCUGUGCUCAUGUGUCUUUAGUGCCAAUGCCCAAAUCAACUGGGGAACCUAAAACGAAACCUACACAAUCAUCAGUCAGAGAGUUGAGAGGCCUGGGCUUGUCACCAGAUUUGAUCCUGUGUCGCUCUGAAAAGCCCAUUAAUCAUAAUGUGAAAGAAAAAAUAUCAAACUUUUGUCAUGUUGCUCCAGAACAGGUUAUAUGCAUUCAUGAUUUGACUUCGGUUUACCAUGUACCGCUGCUAAUGGAAGCACAAGGAGUUGUCCAAUAUCUGAAUGAGAGAUUGAUACUCAAUAUAUCAAUGCCUAGACCAAGCAGAUUCAUGCGUAAGUGGCGUAAUCUAGCUAAGCGAGUAGACAAUUUGCGUAAAGAGGUAAAUAUAGCACUUGUAGGAAAAUAUACAAAACUUGAAGACAGCUAUGCCAGUGUCACUAAAGCAUUACAACAUUCAUGCAUUGCAACUGGAUGUAAACUGAAUCUCACAUACAUUGAAGCUGUUAAUUUGGAGAAACAGAUGAAAAUCGAUGAUCCUGUAAACUACCAUAAAGCUUGGCAGGAUUUAUGUAAAAGCGAUGGUGUAAUAGUCCCUGGUGGAUUUGGACAACGAGGUAUGGAAGGUAAAAUUGAGGCGUGUCAGUGGUGCAGAGAAACACAAAAACCAAUGCUAGGCAUUUGCCUGGGCUUACAAGCUGCUGUCAUAGAAUUCGCUAGAAACGUUCUCGGGUUAAAAGGAGCUAAUAGUACAGAAGUAGAUCCAACAUGUGAAGAUAAACUGGUGAUUGACAUGCCUGAACAUCAUCCUGGUAAUCUUGGUGGUACAAUGAGACUCGGAAAAAGAAAUACUUAUUUAGAACCUAGUAUAGUAAGUCAGUUAUACAAAAAAGAAGUCAUAGAAGAGCGCCACAGACACCGUUAUGAAGUGAAUCCAGAAUACACAAAACGUCUUGAAGCAGCUGGCCUCAAGUUCGUCGGAAAAGAUGACACUGGAACAAGAAUGGAAGUAGCUAUAAUAAAAGACCACCCAUAUUACGUAACCGUGCAAUUUCAUCCAGAAUAUUUGUCAAGGCCUCUAUCUCCGAGUCCCACAUUUUUGGGUCUUAUUCUGGCAUCUUUGGGCAAACUGAAAUCAUACAUGAACAGAGGGUGUCGUCUUAGUCCAAGAAAUCAAUCUGAUGUUAGCUCUGACGAAGAAGAUUUGUCUGUGUCUUCAAUCAGUUUAUCAGAUGAAAACACAAUCAUAGAGAAUGGUAAAGAAGAAAAUUUAACAACAAACUUGAAGAAAAUGAAUGGUCAAGUUAAUGGUAACACUGGUUAAACGAAUUCUCCACAUUUAAUUCCAAUUAAUUAGGUACUGUUUAAUUUUAAGCUUUACUCGUGCUUUGAUCAACUAUUUCAAUGUAACUAGAAUCUAUUAUAUGUUAUCUACUCACAAAACAAUUACAGUAAGGUCUUUCUAAUUAUGACAGGCGAAUAUAAGGGCCCUGUAUUUGAAUUAUGCUCUAUAAUAUUUUAACGAUAGUGGAAUAGCCGGAGUAAGGAAACCUUUCUGGAUAACAAACAGAAACAGUUGUGAUAUUUCAUAAUACACCUUACAUGCCUAAUUAUAUAUUUAACCAAUAUCUUAUCUAUUACUGCACGAAUGUAAGGAAUUGGAGCGGUUGCCUUCUUUUUUUAAAGACGAAAGAUAGUAAACUGCUAGUAAUAGACACAAAUCUAAGUCUAAUUUAUUUUAGUAGAUAUAAAUACGUAUAAAAAGACAAAGACAAAAUAGUUACGAUGUAUUUUUGUUCACGAGCUUUUAGAGCUAUUUUUUUAAUAUUUAAAGGAAAAACGUCAAUAAGAAAACAUAUCGUAAUACAUAAAAAAAUCUAAAUCUUGAGGUGUCAACGAUUAUGGUCGAGUUUCAACUACCGUUUCAUCAAUGAAAGUAAAUAGUUUAAUAUGUGAAAUAAAGUUUCAGAUUUGGUGAAUCUGUAAUAUUAAAACAGCUGCGAGACUCGUUAUCAGUUUUUGGGCGAUACUAAUCACUGUAACAAAAUAUAUUCAAACUUUAGUAUUAUCCUGUUAGAAUCAACAGCAUUGCAACCUGUGUGCUUAGUGCGAGUUUUUUUUAAAGUUCUCGAUAGCGUAAAAGUUACAUCAAAUUUGUAUGGAGUUUGGAACGUUUGCCGCAAGGGGCGCUGUUACAACUGCAUACAAAUUUAAGUGAACUUUUAUGCUAUCGAAAACGUUAAAAAACUCGCACUAAGUACUCUGUCUUAUUUUCGGGACCUGUUUUAGAACACCCUGUAUGUUACUGACGUUGUUGUAUCCAACAACACUAAUUAUUAUAUUAAUAAUUAAUUAAUUAAUCGUAAUUAAAAAAAUUAAUCGUUCAUUACUCCGCUCAGUGAAUAAAUCAAUUAGAAUUAGGAAGGCCUUACUGUGUAAUGUAUAUAUUGCUAGAAAUGAAUUCAUGACAAAUAAAACGUAAGGACUCCAAACAUGCAUGCAUAAUUUUAAUAAUAGUUUUGUGAUUCUGUAACAAUGUAAUUGUUGCUGGACUUUCUAGAUUAAAAUAUUAAGUUUAACUUAGUCCAUAGAAUAUUUAAGUACAAUUUUCCAUUUAUUAUUGUAUAAAUUGACUAUUUCAUGCUUUAUUAACAGAAAUGUGUAAGUUAACAGUGUGAUCAUCGUUAGAACUGUAUUCAAGAUUGGUCACGUUCGACCUACGAUUUCGGGCUUUUUACACAGGUUCUAUAGGGAUCGUACCUAAAGUUCAAUCGGCAACUACUACCUUAACGUCAAUGGAAAGCAAUGUUCAUUUAUUAAGAUAAACACAACUAAUUGUUGCCCCGCAAUGAAUAGUAAUGGCAGCUAGCCGAAAAUUCCCAGUUUUAAUUGCAUUUCAAUGCGCGCUAUGCAAACAUAGUCAAUUCGGUCCAGUGGUAUCGUGAAAGGUAUGUCAUUGUUUUUGGGUACGGUUCCAAUAGAUGAUGCACAUAAACAUAAAAAUGUAGUGCCUUUAACUUCGUGUAACUAUAGUAUCUGAUUAUUGUUGACUAACGUUAAUUUCAUUCAUUGUUAAAAAUCUAUUAAAUGUUAUGUAAGGUGAUCUUUUAUCACAAAGAGAAAUGUUUUUAUUAUUAGCCCCAAAUAUAUAGUAAGAUUGUAACGUUUGAUUGUCCUAUGUGAUAAUUCGGAAUGCAUACAGUGUAUUUGUAUGGAAACAUAUUUGUUGACAUUUUAUAUCUAAAUGGAGUUAUUUGUAAUGGAAAAAUAUAUUUCUAAAAUUGGAAAAAAUGUAAAAAAAAAACUUAAUAUUAUAGUUUUAGAUACCUACUUUAAAACUCGUAGUAUGUAAAACUACCACAUUUUAUUAAAUGUUUGAAAUGAAAUAUCAUUGCUAUAACACCCUCACACAACAAUCUUAGCUUAAAUAAAUAAAUGAAAUACAAUUGAGAUUGAGAAAUACUAAAUUGAAACAUACAAUUUAACUACAUUAUAGCAUGUAUGCAGGUAAAUUCUGUGUGAUAUGAAUCAAUAUUGGGGACUCUUUAGUGAAUUCUACACUUGAGAAGAAAACAAAAUCUAUCCAUAUUGAAUGAAACAAUAAGUUGUCUGAACAAUUAUGUCGUCUAGACUUGUGAGAAUUUAAAGAGCAAGAACUUAGAUGUAUAUUCCCCUAUGUAUAGUUCUAGUAAAAGUUGUUAAAUACGUUAACCUAAUAGUUUGAAUUUUUGACUAUGAACGUUAGCUUUAAUGCAAAUGAUUGUGCCAGAAUAUUAUUUUUAUGUGUCAUAGAUCUUAUUUAAAUUAACAGCCGUUGCAAAGUUUACUAGGCAGGUCCGUUGAUCGCAGAAUGAAAUAUGAGAAAGACGUGAAAGUUGUCAAGUGCUCACGAUUAGCAAUCUUACAAAUAAUAAUUGUGUCGACAGAACCAUGACGCUUUUUGUUAAGCGCCGUUUAGACAUCUCAGAUUGAAUUUUUUUUUAAAAGUACUUUAACAUCGAGCAGUAAUUAAAAAAACUAAUACGCUAAUACCUACUUAAGUUCUGAAAUAAAUUAUUU